AUGAAAAAGUACAAGAAGACCAUCAAUCAAAAUGGAGAGGGGAGUAGGGGGGGGGAGAGAAUAGCACAGGCGCAUGUUGCGUACCAUAACUGCUCACGCCCCAGCUCGGGUGAUGUGCUGGGCCAUACGGAGGAUACGGAGAGGGUGAUGGUUGUUGGUACGGUGGCUGAGCCGGUGGAGGCGUAUUGCGAUAGGGCGUCCCCGGAUAUACCCCGGGCGGAGGACCUGAAGGAGGACGGUCACGAUGCUGUUGAUACCCAGGUCGCGGUGGUGUUGGUGGUGGCGGUGGGUGGUGGUGAUGAUGAUAGGAGGGCGAUGGAGCCGGUUGAUAUCCUGGCCAAGGCGGACCCGAUGGAGGAGGCGGUCCUUGCGGGGGAGGAUAAUACAUUUGGACACGGUGUCAGUGGAGAGGAGAUUUCGAUACCGAGUGCUCGGGUGACCUUGCUUCUUCUGGGUCGCACUGCUCAGCCGAGACGGAGAAAAGAAGACGAGCAGCGAAGGAGACGAUGGAGAUGUUGUUUUCCCGGUGCCUCUGGAAUAUCAUGCGCCGUCGGGGCGCCUCUUUGA